AUGGCGGAUAGAUUCGACUCGUCGGGGCGGCAUUCGCUCGACCGAGACCAAGUGUCACCCAUGAACAGCUUCGACAACUCGGACCGGCAAUUUCGAACGCCCGAAAACGACACAUUUCUACACAAACACCCUCAUGAGAACGUCUCUGAGCAGUUCCAUCAACCUGCGGAGAAACCGAGACCUGCGGCGGCAAACAAGGGAAUAUUUGCGAUAUGGUGGCCCGAGUUCGUUGCCUGCUUUCUCGUGGUCGGGUCGUUUUGCGCACUCAUCGGCACCGUCUACCCGUUCCAGGGCCAGCCGCUGCCUCGAUGGCCAUAUGGGCUCUCCAUCAACACAUUAAUUUCGAUCUACGUCAUCAUAUUUGACAUGGCGUUGAUGCUGAUCAUUUCCUCGGCCCUGGGGCAGUUGAAGUUCCUCUGGUUUCAGAAGGCAAGGCAGCUGUCUGAUCUUCAGGCAUUUGACGAGGGUGCAAAGGGUCCUUGGGGCGCUAUUGUUUUCCUCUGGGUUCUUCGUGGACGACAUAUCGCGGCCUCCAUCGGAGCACUGGUGAUAAUCAUGGCCAUGUUCGUGGCACCCUUCAGUCAACAACUUGUGAGGUACUAUUCCUGCUCAGAGAUCGAUACGUCUUCCACGGCCCAAAUUAGCCGCACGAACCUCGUUAGCUCGACAGGUGGCAUACACACGGGGGCCAUGAUGUCCAACAUGGACCUGCCUGCACAGGCAGCCAUGUAUGUCGGAAUGUUCAACGAGAAACGCGCCCAAGUCGCUCCCACAUGUUCAUCAGGGAACUGCACCUUUGAGGACGACUACGCCUCGGCAGGCUACUGCCGGCAAUGCACCGACUUCACAAGCCAGGUUGAGACAAGGAAGAUUGACAAUACCACCAAAGCCCAGAACAUCAGCGUUCCUGGUUGGGAAGUCGAAAGCAACGGCUAUCAAUAUGGCUUUGUCAUCGGCCCGUCCAACAGCACGGAAAGACCUACCCUCGGUGGUGGUGUGCGGAUCGUCUUCGGCACUGGAAAUGAUACUACAAGAAAGGAGGCAGCUGAUAAAUGUGAAGGCGGAGUCCAAGCUUCGAACUGGACCUGUCUUGGUUACGGAGCGGCUGAGUGCGUUCUCACCCCUUGUGUUCGCCGGUAUCAUGGCAAUGUCGACAAAGGUGAGUUUAAGGAGGACAUUUUGUCGUCAACAACCGAGUUUGGGUACAAACAAGAUGGCGGUAUCCGCUUCAGCACUAUCGACAUGAAAUGUGCCAACUCUGCCGAGAAAGACUAUCUGCGUAGCCAGAAUUACGUGUUUGACGACUCGACCGAGUGGCUUCCCUAUAAUCUCUCUCUGGGCAUCUUCUCGUCCCAGUACAACGACACUCUCUCCAAGAAUGUGCGCGACAAGUGCAUCUACCAGGGAGACAGGACUGAUUCCAAUACCUUGAACAGCUACUUCCUCAACUUCUUUGUAGGCUACAUCAUGGAUGGUUUCCAAGGCGCAGGAGAGGGUACUAGCACUGCUGGGAAGGCCCUUUUCAACAUGGGAGAGACCAACUUCUCAUUCAUCGACGAUAAAUUCGACUCUGUCGCCACUGCCUUGACUGUUUACGCACGAAACAGAAAGGCCAAUAACCAAGUCGCAGAUUACUCCAAUUUCAGCCUUCCUCUUGAUGGCCAGGUCAUGAAGAUGAACUCAUGUGUUGAUGUCAGGUGGCGGUGGAUGGCUCUGCAGGCUGCUGUGCUGGCCCUGGCGGCCGGAUUCUUUGUCACGACGCUCUGGAUGGUGGGACGGACGGGCGAUGAGCGGAUCCGUAAUGAUUUCAAGACAUCCGUGAUACCUCUUCUCUUCCUUUUCCAUAGCAUGGAAGCCGAGGUCCAGAAACCAUCUGCGCCCACCGUUAACUCCGUCGAGGAUAUUCGCCAGCGGGCGCAACACAUGCGGGUUGCUCUUGUCAAGGACGAAAAGGGGUGGGGCUUCAAGGAGGAAUCUUCGUGA